UAUAAAACUCGCCUCCGCCACUCGUUCCUUGUGAACUCUGUCCUCUCUUUCUUUCCUUCGAAGAAACAAACCCAAGCCCAACAACAAGAAGAAGAACUCUCAACUCCUCUGUUUCUAAGCUGUCUUUUGAUCAUCUGAUAGAUAUUCCUUUCUAUUCUAAUCUUUUUGGCUUGUGAUUCUUGUUCCCAUGGAUUGGUUUCGCGGGGAUUUCAUUGGUUGUGGUAGCUUUUCUACUGUUAAUUUGGCAAUUCCCACGAAAGUUUCUGCUCCUUUAAUGGCUGUGAAAUCUUGUGAUCUUUUUGACUCUUCUUUGCUUGAGAAUGAGAAGGAUGUCUUGACUCAACUAGGGAAUUGCGAGAAUAUCAUCAAGUGUUUUGGCGGCGAUCAGAGUAUUGAAAACGGGCAGAGGUUGUAUAACUUGCUGUUGGAGUAUGCCCCUCGUGGUAGUUUAUAUCAUUGGGUAAAGAAGUCCGGUGGUUUCUUGCCGGAAUCGGAUGCCAGACGCUACACGAGAUCGAUACUAAAGGGUCUUCGUUAUAUUCACGCUAAAGGGUUUGCUCACUGCGACAUAAAGCUUCAGAAUAUUUUGUUGUUUGAGAAUGGGGAAGCGAAGAUUGCAGACUUUGGAUUGGCCAAGAAAACAGGGCAAAAGCUGAGUGGGGAGCAAGGGAGAAUGGAAUUUCGAGGAACUCCUCUAUACCUGUCGCCGGAAUCAGUCAACGAAAACGUGUACGAUUCACCGUGUGAUAUUUGGGCUCUUGGGUGUGCGUUGGUUGAGAUGGUGACUGGAAAACCGGCAUGGAAUUGCAAACCAGAAACCAACGUAGCAGCCUUGUUGAUUCGAAUUGGUGUAAGCGAUGAAUUGCCAGAAAUCCCUCAAGAAUUGUCUAAAGAAGGGAAGGAUUUUCUAUCCAAGUGCUUCGUUAAGGAUCCUAGAACGAGAUGGACUGCUGAUAUGCUAUUGGAUCAUCCUUUUGUUGCUAAUGAAAGCACUGUUACAUUGAAGGAACAAUUAUCUCCACCAUCAUCAUCACCAAGAUGUCCUUUUGAGUUCCCAGAGUGGGUUUCCGUUCCAUCUUCAUCGCCAAAAUCCGAAUUAUGGUCUAAUAAGGAAGUGGAGUCAAGAUUUGAUUGGUCCUCUUUGUCAUAUUCACCUUCACCAGCAGAGAGACUCCGGCAGCUGGUGAGUAAUCAGAGUUGCAAUUGGUCCUUGUCUGAGAGUUGGGUCACUGUAAGGUGAGAAGGCAGAGCUGGAGAAAGAGCACAGAAUUGAAUUCAAAACCAGCAAGCAAUUUAGAAGAUAUAUAUAUUUUUUUAAAUUCAUUUUUUGGUCACAAUGAGAUUCCAUUAAUCUUUUUAGUAAUGGGUGAUAAUUUUUGGUGAUUGUAAAUGAGUAGGAAACAGUCAGAGGAACUGUAUAUAGCAGUCUGAGUUUAGGCGAUUCAAUAGUCCUGAUUGGUGGCUCUGAGUGGCCGAAGUGUACAGAACAAUUUUAUAAGCCCCAUUUGAUUGAAAUCCAGAUUCAAUUACUUUUCCAAGAAAAGAAU